AUGACGGUUGAAGACGCCAAUAAGACGGCAUCCGAUGCCGGGCCUAUUGACUCUAAGCCUACCCAGAAAGUCUUAUCCGCAGAGUCUUCGUCUUCGUCGACGUAUGACAGCCCUCGUGCCAAGCAGACCGACUGUGCUUUUGAUACAACCGAGGACCCGCGGUUCUACAAGCCCAUUCCUGAAUAUGAGGGUGCCCAUCGCUGGGACCCGGACUUUGAGUGGACAGAGGAAGAAGAGAAAGCCAUUGUCAGAAAGAUUGAUUGGCGCAUUUGCACAUUUGCCUGUAUGACUUUCUUUGCGCUCCAACUAGACCGUGGAAACAUCGUCCAGGCCACGUCAGACAACAUGCUAGACGAUCUAGGCAUGACCACAAACGACUACAACACCGGCCAAACAAUCUUCUACCUAACAUUCCUCUUCGCCGAGCUGCCCUCUCAGCUCAUUUCAAAAUGGGUCGGCCCCGAUCGCUGGAUUCCAGUGCAAAUGAUCAGCUGGAGUCUCAUCGCCUCAUGCCAGGCAUUUAUGCACAACAGAGCCGGAUUCUUCACGACCCGCGCCAUGCUCGGUCUCCUCGAGGGUGGCUUCAUCCCCGACACCAUUCUCUUCCUAUCGUUCUGGUACAAGUCCAAGGAGCUGCCUAUCCGACUCAGCUACUUCUGGAUGACAUACGAAGCCACCGCGAUUGUCAGCGCUUUCCUCGCAUUUGGCUUCCUCCACAUUCGCCAAUCGGACGGCACCGGCGGCUGGCGAUACUUGUUCGCCCUGGAGGGUUGUAUCACCGGACUGAUCGGUAUCGUCGCUGCAUUCUAUAUGCCGCCCUCGCCAACACAGACCGCAGGCCGGUUCCGCGGUAAGAAGGGCUGGUUCAACGAGCACGAAGAGAAAAUCAUGGUCAACCGUGUCCUGCGCGAUGAUCCGAGUAAGGGAACCAUGCACAAUCGCCAGGCCGUGACUCCCAAGCUGCUCUGGCAGGCCCUGAAGGACUACGACAUGUGGCUCAUCUACCUGCUUGGCCUGACCUGGAUGAUCCCCAGCACACCGGCUACGUCGUACAUCAGUCUGGAACUGAAGUCGCUUGGUUUCAGUACUUUCAACACCAACCUGCUCACCAUCCCGGCCUAUGUGAUCUUCAUUAUCAAUCUGCUAUUGUGGACUUGGGCUUCCGAGCGGUUCAAUCAGCGACUGCUGCUUGGCGUCGGUGCUGAGAUUUGGGCUAUGGUCCUGUUGAUCGCGUUGGAGACUGUAUCUGAGAGUGCUAGUCCUUGGGUGCGUUGGGUUCUGCUGAUCUUGUUGAUUGGUAUGCCUUACGUGCACGCGAUUAUCGUCGCAAUUACAUCCCGCAAUGCAGGCUCUGUGAGGACGCGAACGGUUGCUACUGCUAUCUACAACAUGAUGGUGCAGGCUAGUAACAUCAUUGGUAACAACGUCUACCGUACCCCGGAUAAGCCGUACUACCACACCGGUAAUAAGGUCCUUAUUGCUCUUUCGGUGUGGAGCAUGGCGAUAUUCAUCCUUGCCAAGGUUUACUACGUGUGGCGUAACAAACAAAAUGCCGCUGUCUGGGACAAAAUGUCCAGCGAAGAGCGCUCACGAUACGUCGUUGAAAACAAGGAUCUUGGAAACAAGAGACUUGAUUUCCGAUUCUUGCACUAG